CAACUUAUUCAUCCAAUGGCUAACAAUUAUUUAAAUCUUCCUUAUAAGUACCAUGUUUAUUUCAGUCCCUCUCCCAUUCGUCUACUAGCUGCAAGCCUGCAACAUCUCUCGCUGUUCGGAGGCUUAUCUAGGGUUUCUGGUUCUGCUAGGGUUUCCGCCAAAAUGGUUCUUCCCAACGAUAUUGAUUUGCUCAACCCUCCGGCCGAGCUUGAGAAGAGGAGGCACAAGCUCAAGCGUCUUGUGCAAUCACCGAACUCAUUCUUUAUGGACGUGAAGUGCCAAGGCUGUUUCAACAUAACUACUGUUUUCAGCCAUUCGCAAACCGUUGUGGUGUGUGGGAACUGUCAGACGGUAUUGUGUCAGCCGACGGGAGGGCGUGCUAGACUUACCGAGGGAUGCUCCUUCAGGAGGAAGGGAGACUGAGGGUGAUCACUAAAUGUUGCUAGAAUUCGUAUUGGCUUAGCAUUCAUUGCAAAAAGAGGCGGUUUUGGUUUUUGUUUCUAUGAUAUAAUUUUGUUAGGAGAACAUUUGUGACUGAGAUUACUACCGACUGUAUGUUUCUUUACUUUUUUUAUGGAAUUUGAUUUUAUUUGGAACUAUGUUAAUAUAUAUUGUCACAACUCCGGUUAUCUUUAGUUGCCUCGUCGGUUAUGGUAUGAUAUUUGUUUACGUAA